UCUCGGCCGCCCGACCCGGGAUGUGAGAUCCGAACUUAUGUUGUGCAGAAAUAAAAACCGCUGUCUCAACACCACCAGCAUGAACUUUUAACAAGGUUUCGGCCUUUUACGCAUAGAGACCUGCUGAAAGGCGCGCCUUCCGAUGCUGGCCUGGAUCAUUUCGCGUGUUAUUUAUUAUCAAGUCCUCAAUAUUUCUGUCGGUUUUUCUUCUUCUUCAUCAUGGAAGCGCGUGCUUUGGGGCGCAAUCGCAGUCUCAUGGUCGUGGUAGUUUUGUCUCUGUUAAAACCAACAGCUGGGGGUUUUCUGGGCAGCCCUUUGGUGACUGAAACUUAUUUACCUACUGAUACUGAGGAGUCGGAGCAAUCUAUUAAUUUUCCAGCUUCUUCUAGAGCAGUGAUCAGAGAAGGGACAGCAAGCUUUGGAGACUCUUCAACAUCAGGAAUCUCAGAUCUCCAUCCGAGUUUUUCACAGAGGGAAUCUCACACUGUUAUUGAUCAGAGUUCCUUCACCGAGGUCACAGAGAGCUGGACAACACAAAACAGAUCAGACACAUCCACUGAGUUCCCGGACUCUAGCCUUGCAUUCAGCACUAACACAGUGACUGAGUGGGAAGAUCCUUCUACAAUAGCCAACAUGACUGAUGCCUAUACAGUAGCAGAGGAAUGGCAACCUGUAUCUGAGUUGAGGACUGUGAGAGAUCUCACUUUGACACAGCUGACUGAGCAGGAACACACAGACCAGGAUACUACGGAAUCUGGUUCAAACAGUGAGAGCACCUACAUCUCCACCACAUUUACCCGUGCAGGAGAGCGCACUCUGCGGUCCGUCACAUCCAACAGCACCUCUCCAUACGUGGAAGACACUAGCGGCAGCAUCUCAGAGACAGCUUCACAUGCUGUCACUGGGCAGGUGGAGAAGACAGGGGUUACUCAGCAUACGGAGUACACUAAUGAUGGAUUGUUUACAGAAUCUGGCCAUAGUGAGGCAACAUCAGAGGAUUUCUUUACAAAUGCUACCCAAGAGGAGGAGGUCUUUGAGACUGAGGUCUCUCAUGGAUCCCAGAUUACCCAGUCUCACACAGGACCCCAGAUUACCCAGUCUCACACAGGACCCCAGAUUACCCAGUCUCACACGGGACAGCCCACUGUUACAGGAUCAGAUUUUGAAUCUAAGACUAGCAACCCCAGCUCCACUCCACCUCUUACAGUAAUCAACAGUUCUGACAGUGAGACAGACGCCACAGUCGAUUCUUCCACCAACCAGACCUUCUAUAUAGACAACAAUUCCUCUUCACCUUCAUUUAUCCUGCCAGAUGAGACUCAUACCAAUGUGUCUCACCAGGACGGUGAGACCACUGAAACUCCUACAGGUACUAUGAGUACCAGUAGAGGUGAAAAACCAGAUAAGCCUCAGACAUUUAUGGAAGAAACUCUUAUUCCUGAUCUGACUACUGAACUUUCCACACUCUUGGAUAUGACCACCAGUGUGGAUGAGUUCCAGUCCACCCAGCAGACCUUUGUCUCCCAAACCAGUAGUCAUCCAGAGCCCACAGAGGUGCUGAGUACAGUUACAGGACCUUCAACCCACAAGCCACCACUUACAGAAGAGGACACGCAUGUGGCUAGCACUGUCCCUAUUAUGAGCACCACGCUAGCUAGCACAGCCACCACAGUGCCACUUACAACGCAUCAGUUUCAAGCCAGCACCACUGCUGAGACUCACAGUACGCCACACAGUACUCUGUCUGCCACAGAGACCACUCAGAAGACUACUCCCACCACAGAACAGCACCGCCCCACCACUGAAACAGCCAGUCCAUCUCUGUCUGCCAGCUCAUCCCAGUCUGGAGCCAGUGCGACUGAUCUGAGCACACGCCACUUUGAGACCAGCACUGCUACACCAGGCAGGACCACAGCACACAGCCAGCACACCACUGCAUCCUACAAUAAGAGCACUCCCACCAUGAGCACUGUUGGAAUAACCACAGAAAAGCGCACUGUAACUGAAGCCACAACCUCACAGAUGCCUGUGAAGUUCAGCCUGACUCCUGGUCACAUGUGUCGGCCUCAGACCUGUGCAAAUGGAGGCAAAUGUGUGUUGACUUUGGGUGGCUACAGGUGUGAGUGUCUGCCUGCUUGGAGAGGAGAAAACUGCACUGAGGAUGUAGAUGAGUGUAUGAGCAGCCCAUGCUCUCCAGACUCGGUGUGUGUGAACACCAGAGGCUCAUUCAGCUGCUGUGUCCUGGGCUAUGACCUGCAGGAUGGCCAAAGUUGUACCCAAACAAAGACGUUCUUAGGGAUUUUCACUUUGAACGGUUCUCUGCAUGACUCGCACAAAGAGAUCUUACAGUUGUUGAAUGCCUCGCUCUCCAACCUGCAUGGUUAUAGACGUUCAACUUUGCGGGAUUUGAACAACUUGCAGAUCUUGGCUGUGAACAUGUUUUCUAUGUCCGCUGACGUGACCAGCAUUGACGUCUUCUGCAGGAUCCAGACGUCUCUCAGAAACUGCACCAAACCACAGUCCCACUGCUUCUUUAAGCUUCAACACCAGCUCACUUAUCAAGUGAAAAAUCUGUGCUCAGUCCAGAUGAAGAGAUGUGACACUCAGUAUGCUGUGUGCAAUGAUACUGAUGGAAUCCCAUACUGUCAGUGCCAUGAAGGAUACUUCAAAAAGAACCCAGAAGACAGCACCUGCAGAGACUGUGGUGAUGGCUUUAAACUUGUUAAUGGAACUUGUAUGAAAUGUCCAUUUGGAUUUGGGGGAUUCAACUGCAAUAAUUUUUAUGGGCUGAUCGCAAAGGUGGUUUGUCCUGCUGCUGUGGGGUUGUUGCUCAUCGUCAUCAUUGCUCUGAUUGUAACAUGUUGCAAGAAGGACAAAAAUGACAUUAACAAAAUCAUCUUCAAAAGUGGGGAUCUUCAAAUGUCUCCAUAUGGUGAAUUUCCCAAGAGUAGUCGUGUAUCAAUGGAGUGGGGCAGGGAGACCAUUGAGAUGCAAGAAAAUGGCAGUACCAAGAAUCUCUUGCAGAUGACUGAUAUCUAUUACUCUCCAGCUCUGCGAAAUGCUGAUCUGGAGAGGAAUGGGCUUUAUCCAUUCUCAGGACUGCCUGGUUCACGGCACUCUUGCAUUUACCCAGCACAAUGGAACCCAUCAUUCAUCAGUGAUGACUCACGGCGGAGGGAUUAUUUUUGACCCCAAACUGCCUUGGACUGAGUUGUUAGUGCUCUCAUAAGGAAUGUAGCAAAGCCUCCAUUGCAAGAUGGAGCUAAUAAUGGAUAGGGACAACACUGAUCACUAAGUAGCCUAUGAAUGUGAAAAUGAGCUCACAGGAAAGAAAUUAAAAUAAUUUCAUGCAAUUCUUAGAACUGUGAAAUAAUCACAAGGGGAAUUGUGCUCAAUAUAAAUGCUGUUGGCAAAUCCUGUGUUGCACGGUGUCUCAAAACAGAUGUUUGAUCUCAAAUGGAAUAAGCCAUAGAACUAACACAUUUCAAGUAUGGCAAGUGAUACAUCUGCUAGGGUGGUGUAAAUGCGUGCAUAUGUCUGUACAAGCUUAUUGUAUUUAAGCCGGAGAAGUUUGUAGGAGAUCUCUUUAAAAGCUGGUAAACUGUACAAAUGGUAUAUUGCUUUAGACCAUUUUAUCCAUAGAUGUAGCAAGACAAAGAAAGUCCUUAUUAUUAACAAUAACUUAAGGACAUACAGUGAAUUAAAAUGCACUUGGUGCUAUUUCUUUAUAUAAUAUAGAUUAUGGCACUAUACCCACAAUACCACAUUUUUAUUUAUUCAAUUAACGUCAGGUCAUUUCCCGAUAAAUAUGCAUUUCAGUUUGGUAUAAUUUCUCACAUCAUGAUCUACAGAACAACCUUGGUGUGUGUGUGUGUGUGUGUGUGUGUGGUGUUGUGUGCAUGCACAUGCAUGUGUGCACCAAAUACCUGUUAUUUUGUUACGUGUUUUAUAAGGUGUAUUAUAUUUUUGUCAGUAACUUACAUUUUUAAUAACUGAAGUAUUCUUUUAUGCCUGCCAGUAUUGUCUUUUCUCCCCUGUGGAUGGUCAUUUAAAUCUGGCGUUUUAGUCAGACAUAUAUUUAAAUAAAGCAGCAGUAAUGUUGAAUGGUUUUUA